CUGGGCCGCCCGCCCGCCCUCCCGGAAGCGCAGUGCCCGGCUCCCGCCACGUCUGCCGCUGCACUUUCUCCCAGGUCCCGCCAGAGCCGCGGCGCACGGGCCUGGGCAGGGAGCAUCAUGGGCAGCGUGACACCGCGCUCCGCCUCCGCACUGCUUCUGCUGCUUUUGCUCCAGGUAGAGCGGCCACGGGGUGCGGAGCUCACCUUCGAGCUGCCUGACAACGCCAAGCAGUGUUUCCACGAGGAUGUGGAGCAGGGCGUGAAGUUCUCCCUGGAUUACCAGGUCAUCACUGGAGGCCACUACGAUGUGGACUGCUAUGUGGAAGACCCCCUGGGGAACACCAUCUACAGGGAAACCAAGAAGCAGUAUGACAGCUUCACGCACCGGGCUGAGGUCAAGGGCGUCUAUAAGUUUUGCUUCAGUAAUGAGUUUUCCACCUUCUCUCAUAAGACCGUCUACUUUGAUUUUCAAGUGGGCGACGAGCCUCCUAUUCUCCCAGACAUGGGGAACAGGGUCACAGCUCUCACCCAGAUGGAGUCCGCCUGCGUGACCAUCCACGAGGCUCUGAAGACCGUGAUUGAUUCCCAGACGCAUUACCGGCUCCGGGAGGCCCAGGACCGGGCCCGGGCCGAAGACCUGCACAGCCGCGUCUCUUACUGGUCUGUUGGCGAGACGAUCGCCCUGUUCGUGGUCAGCUUCGGCCAGGUGCUGCUGCUGAAGAGCUUCUUCACAGAAAAACGACCCAUGGGCAGGGCGGUCCACUCCUAGUCGGGUGCUCUGCUCCUGGGCCCCUGCCAUCCUGGCGUGGAGCAGCUCCCUCCAUCACAGGCUCCUGUGGACUGAGGGUGCACCCCUGGGUGGAGGCAGAGCUGCCUAGCGAAGAGCACGGGCUGAUGUGCUCUCACCCCGUCCUCUGUUCAGAUGCCUAGUCCUUGUUUGCCAGCCGCCACAUCUCACGGAUCCCAGUCAUCGGAGGGCAUUGAGCAGCCUUCCCUGUGUAACUGUGCAUGAAGAAGGGGUGCAGUUAGGUUGGGAUUGGUCACAUGGGGGUGCAGGAAGGCAGCGUUCCAGUGGCCUGGCUGGUAGGAGGAACCCCAGGGCUGUCUGCUCUGUGACACGUGGCUUCUGUGGCUUGGGUGUGUGUCCUAUCCCGUGUGGGGAAGACUGGGCCCUCGGUCUGGCCUUUCCUCCCAUGGAGCUCUCUGUACCUGUGGAAACCAGGCCUGGAAGCAGCUUUGCAGCAGUUCCCACCCCAGGUGGGCCAUGAGGUCAGCCAGGCAGGCAGGAACAAAACGGUGGCUGGGUGUCUUGGUUGGCUGUGCAUGUAUCUCCCAGGAGGCGGGACGCUGGCUAAUAAAAACUGUGUGAGCACCACGA